UCACUGGUUUAUCGAACUUAUCUUGCAUUCUUCUCUUCUCCUCUCCUUCGUUUAAAUUGCUGUAGGUCGCUACGUUUCGGUGAAGGUCCUUUUCUUUUUUCAUCGGAUUCUAUGUUGUGCAGUCGCCUGUAUUUUCACUGUUGAGGUUUUGUGAUUUCUAGUGAUUUGUCAUAUUGACUUAAACCACUUUAAUUAAAUUGUGAAUAAUAUACAGUAUAUAAAAAUAUAGUGACAAGAAACAUACAGACGACACUAGUAUCACCAAAGCCAGAAUGCAUCGGGCACGGAGUGUGUUAAAUAAUUUAGUACCAUUUAUACCAAGUGCCGCCGGACCAGAACGGUUUGCAUCAUGGCUUCUUGGCACAUCACGAGCAUCUACUGUCAUCAGCACACGACAUUACAACUCCCCAGCAGCAGCCGAGUCCUUCCUCAAUGGCAGUUCGUCAGCGUAUGUUGAGGAGAUGUACAAUGCCUGGCUCGCGGACCCCAAGAGUGUACAUGUGUCAUGGGACUCAUUCUUCCGCAGCAGUUCAGCAGGUGCUCUGCCGGGACAGGCCUACCAACCCCCACCCAGCCUCGCAGAACCGGCCCGCAACCAGGUCCCUCUUACCAGCCUGGUACCUCACUUUGGUGGAGGUGUCGCCAUGGGUGGACAGAUCAAUGAGAAGAUCAUCGACGACCAUCUGGCAGUUCAGGCCAUCAUCCGAUCUUAUCAGAUCAGAGGACAUCACAUUGCCAAGCUGGAUCCCUUGGGCAUCAACAGUGCGGACCUGGACGACAGACACCCACCGGAACUGCUCUAUAGUCACUACUCCUUCGGAAAACGACCGGAAAGCACUUACUCACAACAACUCCAAAACAGAGUGGCCAACAUGAUGGAAAAUGAAGCUGAUAUGGACCGAAGCUUUAAACUGCCAUCAACAACGUUUAUUGGAGGUAAGGAGAAGGCUCUGCCACUGCGAGAAAUCCUGCGUCGAUUGGAAAAUACCUACUGUCGCCACAUCGGUGUGGAAUUUAUGUUCAUCAACUCUCUGGAGCAAUGCAAUUGGAUAAGACAGAAACUGGAGACUCCAGGGUGUAUGGAGAUGGACACCAACCAGAAGAGACUCAUCUUGGCUCGUAUCACCAGAGCGACUGGUUUUGAAGCGUUCCUGGCUCGCAAGUGGUCCAGUGAAAAGAGGUUCGGUCUGGAGGGAACAGAGAUCCUUAUCCCAGCUAUGAAACAAGUGAUAGACAAGUCUACCGAACUGGGAGUUGAGAGUAUUGUGAUGGGCAUGCCACACAGAGGCAGGCUCAAUGUGUUGUCCAACGUCUGUCGCAAGCCCCUCGAACAGAUAUUCACUCAGUUUGCUGCACUGGAAGCUGCUGAUGAUGGUUCAGGAGAUGUUAAGUACCACUUGGGCACUUACAUUGAGCGUCUGAACCGAGUGACCAACAAGAACAUCCGACUGGCAGUGGUGGCAAACCCCUCACACUUGGAGGCAGUGGACCCUGUGGUGCAGGGCAAGACUCGGGCAGAACAGUUCUACCGUGGUGAUGGAGAGGGCAAGAAGGUGAUGUCAAUCCUGUUACACGGAGAUGCCGCUUUCUGUGGUCAAGGAGUGGUGUUUGAGACAUUCCACUUGUCUGAUCUACCCGACUAUACGACCCAUGGAACCAUUCACAUUGUGGCCAAUAACCAGAUUGGCUUCACCACUGACCCCCGCCACUCGCGCUCUUCCCCCUAUUGCACAGAUGUUGCCCGAGUGGUGAACGCUCCAAUCUUCCAUGUCAAUGGAGAUGACCCUGAAGCAGUGAUGCAUGUAUGCAAUGUGGCAGCUGAGUGGAGAAAUACCUUCCACAAGGAUGUAGUCAUCGACAUUGUCAGCUAUCGACGUAAUGGUCAUAACGAGAUUGACGAGCCUAUGUUCACACAACCCCUCAUGUACAGCAUCAUCAAGAAGACUCCCAAUGUUCUGGAGAAGUAUGCAAGCAAACUUAUUAAGGAAGGUGUUGUCACUGAAGAAGAAGUCAAGGAUGUGAAAGAGAAGUAUGACAAGAUCUGUGAGGAAGCCUACACUAACGCCCGCAAGGAGACCCACAUCAAGUACAAGGACUGGCUUGAUUCUCCAUGGUCUGGCUUCUUUGAGGGUAAGGACCCUCUGAUGGUUUCACCCACUGGUAUUAAGGAAGAUACCCUGGUACACAUCGGCAAGAGGUUUUCCUCCCCACCACCCAAUGCUGCAGAGUUCGUCAUUCAUAAAGGUAUCGAACGUAUCCUGAAGGCCCGCAUGCAGAUGGUCGAGUCUCGCACGGUGGAUUGGGCUUUAGGAGAGGCCAUGGCAUUUGGCUCCUUGAUGAAGGAGGGAAUACACGUCAGAUUGUCCGGGCAGGACGUAGAGCGAGGCACCUUUUCACACAGACAUCAUGUCUUGCACCAUCAGACCGUGGACAAGGCGACAUACCGCCCUCUCAACUACCUUUACCCUGACCAGGCUCCUUACACUGUGUGUAACAGCUCUCUGUCCGAGUAUGCUGUGCUAGGUUUUGAAUUGGGAUUCUCAAUGACAAAUCCAAAUGCAUUGGUGUGCUGGGAGGCUCAGUUCGGAGACUUCAACAACACGGCUCAAUGUAUCAUCGACCAGUUCAUCUCUUCUGGACAGGCCAAGUGGGUGCGACAGUCAGGUCUGGUGAUGCUUCAGCCUCAUGGUCUGGAGGGAAUGGGUCCUGAGCACUCGUCUGCCAGGCUGGAACGUUUCCUGCAGAUGUCCGCUGACGAUCCUGACUAUUUCCCUCCGGAGAGUGAGGAGUUUGCUGUGCGCCAACUGCACGAUAUCAAUUGGAUUGUUGCAAACUGUUCCACUCCUGCGAACUACUUCCAUAUUCUGAGGCGGCAAAUUGCUCUUCCAUUCAGAAAACCUUUGAUUCUGAUGACUCCUAAAUCAUUGUUACGACACCCCGAGGCCAAGUCCAGCUUCGAUCUGAUGACAGAAAACACCCAGUUCCUCAGGGUGAUUCCUGAGGAGGGACCUGCAGCAGAAAACCCUAGUGGAGUGAAGAAGCUGGUGUUCUGCAGUGGCAAGGUUUACUACGACUUGAAGAAAGCUCGAAAUGAGAGGAAUUUGAAUGAUUCUGUGGCCAUUGCACGAGUUGAACAAAUCUCACCGUUCCCAUAUGAUCUGGUGAAGAAGGAGUGUGCAAAGUAUCCAAAUGCAGUUCUGUGCUGGUCACAAGAAGAACACAAGAAUCAAGGCUGCUGGACAUACGUGAAACCCAGAUUCCACACAGCUCUCAACGGUGUCAGAGAUGUCCAGUAUGCAGGCCGGCCAACUGCAGCAUCUCCAGCCACUGGCAGCAAGAUGCAACAUCUGCGAGAGUUGGCAGCCCUGAUUGAUGACACAAUGGCUGUGUAAAUCAUAAAAUAUUAUUCCAAAUAAAUUUAACAACUAACUAAGCUGAUUAAUUUUUAAAAAAUUAACUAGAAAAAUUACAUAUGUACCAGAAAAUUUAUAUUGCACUAUUUGUGAUAAUAUGUAGAUGUACACAUCUUAACAUAUUGUUUCCAUAGAAUUUUGCUGUGACAUCACUCUGAAUGCAAUUCCGGUUGCGUAUUGUGCAGUUGUGACUUGAUGCUCUUUUAAUUACAGUCUUAAUUUUAUGAAUCACAAUUUAUUAUUUAUUUUAUCUUUUGUAUUGUUUUAAUUCGUAAUUAAUUGUAGUUACCUGUAAAAUAAAUUAUUAUGUACAUAAGCGUGUACAUUUAAUUAAUAAUAUGAAUGAGUGCUAUUUUUGGGUAAUUAGAGAUAAGUUGAUUGAAUUUUAAUGUAUGAAUAUUGGCUUUAUUACAAAUAUAAUUAAUAAAUUUAUAUGGUUUUGGUUUAUAUAAAUAUCUUCAUGUCUAGAUACAGUAUUAAAAAAUAUUGUUGACAUAAAAAAACUUUGCUUUCUUAUUAAAACAGUUUCUCAACGUUUAAGUGGAGGUUAACAUUUAGCUGUCGGUAGGCUAUGAAUCUCUGAGCUUUGUCUGUGUUACCAUUCAUUAGCCGUAUACCUGGAGUAUGUCUGCACUAUAAGAUGUAGGCUAUAUAGAUUAUUUAUGGAUUAGAAAGUGGUAUUCCUUACUAUUACUCUAUUCUAUUAAUAGUUAUUACAAACUCAUAUGUUAUCAAAUCCAUGUUAUAGUUUUAAGCAAUAAAAUUAUUUAUGUAAA